UGACAGUCAGAACUGCAAUCUUUGGCUUACAAUGUCAGAACCCACACAAAAUGUACCAUUAACGCAGUUGUCCGUUGACGAGCUGUGCAAGGUCAGGAUUCACACCAUCCUUGACAAAAAGAUCACCUGCUAUGAAGAGCCUAUCGCGACAUUUCUGGAGGAUGAUUACAAGCUCAGCAAUGCUCCGAGUAGAGGACUCCGAUGGAUACACUUGCCAAUCAACAACAUGAGCUGGGCCGAGCGAUGCAUCAACAAAUGUGGCCCAGAUUAUCGAAUGCAACCACUUCACUGGUUGUUGAGUGUUCGUCCUGCGCUUUCAGAACCCAUCAAAAUCCCGCUACAUUCCCGACAUAUGGAGCUAAAAUGUCGCUGGAGGGCGGACGACGGCGAUCAAAGCGUCAAUAUUCAGUUCCCUUUGUGUACAGUCUAUUUACCAUAUAUGAACUGGGACGAAUAUCGGCAGUAUCGCUCUCUUGCAAAGGUUUACGAUUGUGUUCGGUCCGGUGAACCACUGGGACCUCUACAAGACUCUGCAUCUCAACGAGAAGUGAUCGAACACAGGACAUCCCAGUUUCUCUUGGGAAUGAACGGCAAAUCACUCCACCCCCGACGAACUCUGGAUCAGUUCUAUUAUUCUUCUUUGGAUGAUACGUCGAGCAGGGAUCGCGACCAGACGAUCUCCAAAUGGACUGGACCUGAUGUGGGUGCCGACGGAAGAACAGCUGCAAUAGAUCAAAGUCUCAUAAUUAUGGUCGAUCAACUCUGGUGUUGGGUUGUGGAUGAGAGAACUGUCUUCACGUGCUUUCCUUCGCAGAACACACACUAUCAAGGUCCCGAAACACACGGCUUGCGCGACCUUUAUAAGCUCCUAAGGUUCUCGACAAACACUUGCGAAACCGUGUGGGACCUUCACGCCGCCAUAAUCGAACAGGCAACAACCCAUCUACACAGCCAGUGGAAUCGAGGGCUGAUCGAUUAUAUCGAGAUUUACAGAUGGGCAACUAGCAAAAAGACCGCGUACCUAGCAAUGUACUUCCAAGACUUCCAUCAAGACUACAGCAACGGAAACGCAGCAUUCGACAAUAACCGCGAACUUAAUCUUGCUCUCGAAGUCGCAGAUAUCAUCGAUGAACUCAAGAUGAUCAAGAAUCUACUCGAGAAGCAACGCAUUGUGGUUGGAUCAUUGAAAUCGGGGUUCAACAAUCUUGGAUUAAUGGCCCACAGUCAAGCAUACAAGCAUAUCGCCUGUACAGAGAGACACCUCGAAUCCGUACUUUCCAAUGUGAACGAGAUCAAGGGUGAGGCAGAGGAGACUUAUAGAUCACUGCUCGAUCUGCUCGAUCUCAAGUCGAAAACAGCAAGUCUGGCUGAGGCACGCUCGACAACAAAGCAAGGCCAAGCUGUUAUGCUGUUCACGGUCGUAACGAUAAUCUUUCUGCCACUUUCUUUCUUCACGGCAUAUUUUGGUCAGAACGUAUCAGAAAUAACUGGCGAUGAUGCAAAUCCGACUGCAUGGGAAUUGUGGAGAGUUGGAACUCCAAUUACCGUGGUGAUUGUUUUAGUUGCGCUCCUUAUCGCGUACCACAUCAUGAGGCCGAACAGCAGGUUAUGGUUCUGGAAGCAGUCUUCGCAUUCGGCACAUAUGAGAAGAGAAGACAUCGAGAUGGGGACCCGAUAA